UUUUCCCAGGAGGUCUCCCAUCCAGAUCAAGAUCCCUCAUAAUCCUGCAAGAACAUUAUCUGGAUGCAGAGUGUGUCUGCCUGAAGCAGUGGUAGAAGCUGCAGAAAAGCCAAAACCAUGAAAACAAGACUGGGCUGCCUAUCCAAUAAAUCUGAUUCUUACAGCGAUUUUACUGCCUUUCUUUCCCCAAAGACCAAAUGCAUGAAAUUUUCAACAGAAGAAGUCAUAAGAUGGGCUGAAUCAUUCAAUACACUUCUUUCCCAUAAAUAUGGCUUGGCUGCAUUCAGAGCAUUCCUCAAAAUUGAGUUCAGUGAGGAAAAUAUUGAGUUCUGCAUGGCCUGUGAGGACUACAAACAAACCAAGUCGGCCACAAAACUGAUCAACAAAGCCCCAAAAAUCUAUGAGGAGUUUAUAGAUUUUCAAGCACCUAGAGAGGUGAACAUUGACUAUCAAACUAGAGAGAUAACUAGGAAAAACCUUCUGGAACCAACCACUCAUGUGAUCAGUAUGGCCCACGCAAGAGUAUACAGCCUGAUGGAAAAGGAUUCCUAUCCACGUUUUCUGAGAUCAAACAUCUACAUAUAUUUACUGAACCAGAUGCAUUCUCAAAGAAGAUGCUUUGUCAGCUCCCGCAAGUGGGUUCACUCACUGGUUUUGGUCCCUCUUACCGAAUCCAUAACAGCCCGACCUGGUCAUUACAGGCUCUGGUGGAACGUGGGCUCUCAUGGGAAGGCUGAGGUCACCCAGGACAACCACAGACACCCAGCCCAGGCAUGA